UAUCAUAAUAUAAUAUUCAUAGCCAUUUGGUAGUGACAGUCACUUAUGUGGUAACUAGCGUGUCGAGAGUGGUGGCCAGUUGCAAUAUCGUGGUGAAGUGAGGUGGAUUGUUCCAAGCAACGAAAAUGAAGCUGUUCUGGUGCUGUGUUGCAGCUACAUUACUAGCAUCGGUAGUGCAUGCUGCAAUAGAUGUAGAAAAGACAGUGAAACAAGUGCAAAGCAUACUUAAAUCUAACGACUUACUGCCAAGGUUAAGCAGAGAGGAAAUUUUACAACUACUCAAUGAUAUAAGAGAAGAAGACGCAAAGACAAGUACCACCCCUAAAAUAAAACAAACAACGAUACCUUAUAAAAAUGAAAACGAUAAUGAAGUUGAUUCUGCUACACGACCUCUAGAAUUUAAUUUGGUGGAUGAAAAAGAGCAAUUAGUUUCGGCUACUGCGACGCCGCCUAAAAAAGUGGAGAGCACUACAAAAUCAAGCGGACAAACGUUAACUGUAGUUCUACCAUAUACGCCUAGAGAUGGAUCGUCUUUACAAGAGUUAUAUACACGACCACCGCGUGUUGAAGUUGUACAAGAAAAGGUUACUCCGAAAACGGUUAAAACAGCGAAAUCCAUACAAAAUAAUUUCAAGAGCAACUUGAUAAACAAUGCAAAUGUUGCUAGUAAGCCCAUGAUGGACUUUCCCGCAGAGUUACAAGCCUUUCUGGAUGCCCACGGAUUAAAAGGAAAUCCGGAAAAAGAUCAUUUCCUAUUACCAUUAGAUGGGUUUAAACCUCUCCCUCCUGCUAAAAUCAUAGAUGGUAAUGUGCAAUUACCUGAAAAUAUAUUACUAGCAUAUGAUUUAAUUUCACCCUCUGAUUUGAAAGCAUCAUCUAGCUCAAAAAAUUCUCAAACCAGUUUCUUAUUUGAACCUCUUCGACCGGAGUAUCCAUUUGAAUUAGAAACAUCAGCAUCUGAAUCAAAAGAGGAAGUGUUACCAUUAGAUUUACCAGUCCUCAGAAAGCCAAAAUCCGUAUCUCAACUUAAUUAUGAACCUAUAGAUUACGAUUCCGUUAAAGUUAUUCCUCUUAACUCUGGGCCAAAUCCAAUUGAUCAAGAUAGGGCAUCGUUGGAAAGCGAUCCUAGCAAACGACAGACUAAUGCAACUGAAACAUCAGAAAGUACAACUGUUGUAGAAACUACAACUGUCGCUUCGGACAGUAAAAGUGAUGCGUCCGAUUCGGCAUCAUUAGAAACAGAUGCAGGUGCUUCGAUUUCAGAUCUCGAGGACUCAUUUGGGGGUCCCGUACCGGAACAACCAGGAGAUUCUGUACUGCCACCACCAAAGAAAAAUGGCUUCUAUUGGAUGCUAGAUUGGAAUAGCUUCUUGGAAGUUGGUGACGGUGAUAGCAAAGUAAACAUCCGGUUUGAGCCAAAACUUGGUGACCCGCAAAUGUUUUUGCCUGUCAACGUACCGUGAUUGUAUAAGAGGGAUGAGUAACAUUCUAGUCUAAUGGGUAAAGGUUUUAAAAGUGUAUUUAAAACUUUGAUAGAGUUUAAUAAUGUUAAUUAUUGGUGCAAUGUACAGUCGGAAUAGAUUUGAAUUAAUAAGAUAUUUGUAUUCAAAUAAGAAUGUAAAUAGAUGAUUUGUUGGUGUGAUUGGGAGUGAAAUGCUUUGAUGGAAUGUAAGCAAGCCGGUCACGACUGCUCGACCAAAGCGAGUUAAUGAAAGUGAAUGAAACGAAAUCGUCGCAUCGCGUGCAGCGAUUUAACGACUUAGUGAUAUACCAUUUGUACAGUUUUUAUUUACGUACUUAGCGUAAUAAAUUCUUUAUAACUCUA